UUCCUGUUGCCGCGAUCCAGGCCCCGAGCUGUGGGCGCCCAGGCGCCCGAGGGUUCCUGGUGCGCUCCGCUAGAUCAGUCAUCACUGGAGGGUUGUUAAUGACAUUUACUUAUAACUGUGAUGUCAGCUUGUCAACUCAGAAUACAGUUCCCAGUUUCCAGUGUACAACUUCUGCCAGUUGCCAACAUGCUAUCUCUAAGGAACAUAGAGUUAUAAAUUUAGCCAUACUUAAAAUAGAAGAUGCUUGGCUGUGUAGAUAAGGAGGAAGUAUUUCAAUAAAAGUAAUAUGUUUAUGCUAUUCUGUAGGCGAAAUGAGGACAUAUAUACAUAGUGACCCAAAGCUGUUUUCUUAGGGUGCAUCCUUUGUUUUUCUGGUUUUGGUCUUUUCAUCCUAGGAUGGCAUUAGCUCUGUGUCUGCAGGUGCUGUGCAGCCUGUGUGGCUGGCUCUCGCUCUAUAUUUCUUUCUGCCGCCUGAAUAAGCACCGAAGCUAUGAGUGGAGCUGCCGCCUGGUUACUUUCACCCAUGGAGUGCUCUCUAUAGGCCUCUCAGCUUACAUUGGCUUCAUUGAUGGCCCAUGGCCUUUUACCCACCCAGGCUCACCUAACACACCCCUCCAAGUUCACGUCCUGUGUCUCACCUUGGGCUACUUCAUCUUCGACUUGGGAUGGUGCGUCUACUUCCGGUCUGAGGGGGCCCUGAUGCUGGCUCAUCACACGCUGAGUAUCUUAGGCAUUAUCAUGGCACUGGUGCUUGGGGAGUCAGGCACAGAAGUCAAUGCAGUCCUCUUUGGAAGCGAGAUUACCAACCCCUUGCUACAGAUGCGCUGGUUUCUCCGUGAAACAGGCCACUAUCACAGUUUCACUGGAGAUGUAGUAGACUUCCUCUUUGUGGCUCUGUUCACUGGAGUGAGGAUUGGUGUGGGAGCUCACCUCCUUUUCUGUGAAAUGAUCUCACCCACACCCAAGUGGUUUGUGAAGGUUGGCGGAAUAGCCAUGUAUGCGGUGUCUUGGUGUUUUAUGUUUAACAUCUGGCGCUUUGCAUGGAAGAAAAGCAUUAAGAAGUACCAUGCUUGGAGAAGAAGGCUGAGUGAGGAACGGCAGCUAAAACAUAAUGGACAUCUCAAGACUCACUAGCUAAGACUCGCUUCAGACAAUGGGUUAAGUCAGCCUUGGGAACCAGGUUGGAAAUUAGACUUAUAACAAACUUAGGUUUCAAAAAAGGGCUAAAUUUAUUGAUCAAUUUGGUCAGUCUUCAAGUUGAGCAUAUAUCAGUAUUAAGACAGUAACUUCUAUACUGACACACUUGUAGAAAGUGAGAAUACUUAGUGGUAGUUGGGAAUGAGAACUGGCAUUUGUUUUCAUGUGUAGUAACCCUGGGUCCUCUUGCCCUUGGGAGGUUUGAUGUUCAGACAGCUGAGAAAGGAACUUGAAAAGGGUAUUUCUUGUUCCUUCAGGAAAUAACUCCUUCAACAACAACUUAUUCCUGCUUUCUGUAUAGUAAUUUAUAUACGUUCACCCCAUUUACUAAUAAUGAGAGACUUUCAUGAAGAGCCGUGGCUUUGGCAAGGUCAGGGAAUUGGGUCUGCUUAAUUAAACAAAGGAGGAUAGAAAGAUGAGAAUUCAAAGUAUGGCAAUGGUAGGGAGUUACUUACUGAACUUCCCUGUUGUACCUCUAUUGGAGGUCCCCAAGACCAGGACUAAAAGAC